AGGGGAUAGCGUGCACGCUUGAGGCAAGUAAGUCUGUAGGAUAUGCUAGGAUAUGGUCCUUAUCUUCCAAUCUCUCUUCCUGAACAGUACUAUCAAUUGGUAUUCUUCUCCGGGUUAUCAACUCUGAGUGCUACUCUCGUGCAUACGCUUCGCCCCCUAGAGCAUUUGAGCCAAGCAGCAUUUGACAAAUCACCAUUAGGCAUACCACGCACCUUCAUGGCUUCGUAUUCACCUCUUCGAAUGCACGACCUAGAGCACCAACCUGAAGACGAGUCUGAAGACGCUAUUCUCCUCCCCAGUAAACAGUUCAUUUCUGAGCACCGUACGGCAGAUUCUCCAUCUGAAUGGCCCACUUGGACUGCACUGGGACUCUCCGUGCUCGCGAUUGUUUGUGCAUGCACGGUGUAUAUCGCCUCUGCUAGUGUUUCCUGGCCGCGUGAUGCCUAUGAAUUGCGCCAGCCUAACCAGUUUCCAGGUCUCGAAUAUAUCGACGAGCCCCGGCAACAGCAAAAGG